ACGGGCGAGGCGAGGCGAGCCAGGGCCCAGAGGGAAGGAGACGAGGAGUCGGAUGGAUCCGACGAACCGGCCGGAUGCGCCGCUCGUCGGCCUGCGUUGGGCCGCUCGCACCACUUCAUGGACAAGCAAAUCCUCGGCCUCGCGGCUGCGGGCUCCGGCGCCGGCGCCACCGCGUCCUUGCCCCCUCCCUCCGUCGGCGGCGGCGGGCUUGUCGAUCUGAUGAGCCCCGACCCGCAGGAGGAGGCGGAGAGCCACCACGCGCGCCGCCCUCACCCCGGCGGCUCCAACGGCACCAGCACUGACGAGGUGCUGCCCAGCUACAACUUCCAGCCCAUCCGCCCCUCCGCCGCCGCCAGCACCGUCCCCGCCCCCGCGGCGGGCGCCUGGGGGUCGCUCGACUCCAAGGCUGCGUCCUCCAUCCUCAAGAGUGCUGGUGGAUUGGAGCCUCAUGUGCUAAAGAAAGUUAGUCAUGAAGAAGAAAGGAGCAACUUCGGUGGAGUCACUAUAGUGGAUAUUGAUCGGACCAUGAAGAAAUAUGCUGAUAACCUUCUACAUGCACUCGAAGGUGUAAGCUCAAGGCUUUCACAGCUGGAGGACAGAACAUACCAUCUCGAGAGCUCUGUUGGUGAGCUGAAGUUAACAAUUGGUAACAACAAUGGCAGCACUGAUGGAGAACUGAGACAAUUUGAGUACACACUGCGUGAGGUUCAAGCCGGUGUGCAGAUUUUGCGUGACAAGCAGGAAAUUGUUGAGACCCAGAUCCAACUUGCAAACCUCAAAGUGCCCAAAGCAGAGGAUGCUCAAUCGGAAACUACUGGUGCUGGGCAGGCAGACUCACGGCAGCAGCUGACUCCACCCCAGCCGGCCAUUCAACCACAAAGCCAAGCCCCUCCCCCUGCCCAACCACCGGCAACACUGCUUGCCCUUCCUGCUCCAACUGCGCCACCUCCUCCUCGGCUUCAAAACCAAUCUCCAUCACAAUUCCCUGGCCAUUUACCACAUUCCCAGGUGCCAUCAGUUCUUCCUGCUCAACCAGCUCCAUCUGCAGAGCCAUCUGAGGCCACCCACCAGCAAUACCAAGCUCCACCAGCUCCGCAACCUCAGGCGCCGCAGCCACAACCAUCACAGCGUUACCAAGUCCCGCCUCAGUAUGCUCAAUAUUCUCAACCUGCAAGUGUUAACCCCUCAGUGCCCCAGCAGCCAGAAGAACCAGCACCAUAUGGGCCUCACACUCAGAGCUAUCCACCGCCACCUUACAUGCCACCUCCUGGCGGACCUGUUGCUCCUUUCUAUGGACCAAACCCUGGCAUGUAUGAGCCUCCUGCUAUCAGGCCUAACCCCGGGCCACCGCCGCGCUACAAUGCCGGAUACAAACCGCAGGGUGGCGGUGGUUUCUCCGAAUCAUAUGGUUACACCGGGUCUCCAUCCCACCGUGCCAGUGCUGGAAUGAAGUCUCCCUCGCCUUUCACCCCCGCAGGCGCCUCUUCUGGAGGAAGCGGCAACUACGGCAGGCUCCCCGCCGCUCAGGUGCUGCCCCAAGCCGCGCCAGCCAGCUCCACCUCAAGCUCCUCUUCCGGCAACAAACUGCCCAUCGACGACGUGGUCGACAAGGUUGCCACGAUGGGCUUCUCGAGGGAGCAGGUCAGGGCGACCGUGCGCAAGCUGACCGAGAACGGGCACAACGUGGAUCUGAACGUGGUGCUCGACAAGCUGAUGAACGACACCGACGCCCAGCCCCAGGGAAGCUGGUACGGGCGGUGAGUAGUGCUGCUCGGGCCGCCGGCCGGUCGUUCCUGAAGCAGAGCAGCCUGUGUAUAAUCGUUCAACAGAAAUGGAACCAUUUCUUGCAUUCACCAUUAGAGCUACAACGUCCAUUGGUGCAGUUGUUAAUGACUUGCCAGAAUGAUGCACGAACUGCCGUGUUCACUUGAAUUUAUUUAAAUAUUAUUAUUUUAUAUGUUAAUUUAAAAAAUAAUAUGUAAAUUACGAAAA